ACAGAAUUUUUUAAAUCAGUUUUUUUUUUUUUUUUAAACAGAAUUUUUAUGACAAAUUUGUAUAUUAUUAAAACCGGAAAACCGGACCAGAAACCUGUAAAACUGGAAUACCAGUUUAUGAGGAAAAUUGGUUUUGAAAAAUACAAAACCGGUACCUACCGGUUCGGUCCUAGAUUUUGUCCAAAACCGGAUCGAACCGGACCGGUUACACCCCUAAUCUUUUGGUAACUUAAAAGGUUUAGAUCUCUUAGAUCUUUCUUACAACAAUCUUUCUGGUGUAAUUCCUAAAUCUCUUGAGGCACUUCCAUAUCUCAAAUACUUGAAUUUAUCUUUCAACAAGCUAGUAGGAGAGAUUCCAUUCGGCGGUCCUUUGUGAACUUCACGUCGAAAUCAUUUUCAGGAAACAGUGCACUUUGUGGGAAUCCAAUUUUUGGAGUUCCACCUUGUCCAACUAUUCCUACCAAUCAACAAUCAAAGAUAAAAGAUAUAUUGAUCAAAUGUAUUCUUCCUGUGAUUGCGUCAAUUAUAAUCUUCGUAAUGCUGGUUUAUUUGCCGAGAAGACCUCGGAAGAGUAACAUAGAGAUACCUACUUCACUUAAUGCAUUGUUUGCAUUGGAACAUAGAAUGAUAUCAUAUCAAGAGCUUUGCCAAGGGACAAACAACUUUUGUGAAACCAAUUUGCUUGGAGUUGGUGGUUUUGGCUCUGUGUACAAAGGAAUACUUUUUGACAGGACAAUUGUUGCAGUAAAAGUUCUAAGUUUGUAAAUGUCAGGUGCUUUCAAAAGUUUUGAUGUAGAAUGCAAGGUGUUACGUACAAUUCGACAUAGAAAUCUUAUUAAGGUCAUAACUACAUGCACUAAUCCCCAGUUUAGAGCGUUGGUGCCAGAAUACAUGUCGAAGGGCAACCUUGAAAAAUGGUUAUACUCUCAUAACUACUGCUUGGAUCUUCUACAGAGAAUAAAUAUUAUGGUUGAUGUUGCAUCAGCCUUAGAUUAUCUCCACCAUGGUCAAUUAGAAUCUAUAUUGCAUUGUGAUUUGAAGCCUACAAAUAUCCUUUUGGAUGAGGACAUGGUUGCACAUGUGGGUGAUUUUGGCAUUGCAAAGAUUUUAGUCGAAAACAAAGACAUAACACACACCAAAACUCUUGGUACCAUUGGCUACAUCGCACCAGAAUAUGGAUUUGAAGGGAAGGUGUCCAUCAAAACCGAUGUCUAUAGCUAUGGCAUAACAUUGUUGGAGAUGAUCACAAGGAAGAAACCCACUGAUGACAUGUUCGCUGGAGACUUUACUUUGAGAUAGUUGGUAAAUGCAUCCAUUCCUGAUAGAAUGAUGGAAGUUGUGGAUGAAGGUUUACUAAGAAUAGAAGAUGGAAGAGACACUAUUGCCUUGCAAAGUAUACUUUCGUCAAUCAUGGACUUAGGCUUGAGGUGUUCUGAAGAAUUACCAGAUACAAGAAUGGAUAUCAAAGACGUAUUGGUCAAGCUUAAUAAAAUCAAGUCAACUUUUUUUUAGAACAAAAACAAGGUUACCAGACAUACUUGAUCUUAAUUUGUUUCGCUUGUUUUAUGUCUUUUUAAUGUCGUGAAGUUCUUAUGAGUGGGAUGUAUGUAACAUGUUUGUAUCAACAUUUUAUGCUUAAAGGAAUGGUUUGAGAAUCUACACAUCUUCCAUCU